AUGGACGACCUGUUCGACUCGUUCGACCGGAAACCGCCUCCUCCCUCGAGUGCGCACCCCGCUGGAUCCACUCGUGUCGACCCGACCAAGCCACUGGGCAACAGCGCAGCUGCUUCGCACAAGCGGCCGCUCUCGCCAGCCAGCGAGCAUGCGCCCGUCGACCAGGAGGUGCUCAAGAAGCUCAAAACGGACGAGACGGGGAGGACGGAGCAAGGGACGGCCAUGAUCGGCGGCGCAGGAGACGACGGCACGAAGCUGAGGGAGGAGCACUUUGUCGCGACGGACGAGAUGGAGAUUACGGCCAAGACGACGGUCAAGGCGAGUGCGGGACUGGGAGGAGGCGAGGCGCAGAAGGACGGCGAGGAGGAGGGACUCGUCUUGCAGCACCAGGUCCGGCAUCAAGUCGCUCUCCCGCCCAACUACCCCUACGUUCCCAUCUCGUCGCACGUCCCUCCCGCCGAACCCGCGCGCACCUAUCCCUUCGAGCUCGACCCGUUCCAAAAGGUUUCCGUCGCCUCCAUUCAGCGAAACGAGUCGGUUCUCGUCUCGGCGCACACGUCGGCAGGAAAGACGGUCGUUGCCGAGUACGCUAUCGCGCAGUGCUUGAAGGAGGGUCAACGAGUCGUUUACACGAGUCCUAUCAAGGCUCUCUCGAACCAGAAGUACCGCGAGAUGUUGGCCGAAUUUGGCGACGUCGGUCUCAUGACGGGAGAUGUCACGAUCAACCCGACCGCGAGUUGCUUGGUCAUGACGACGGAGAUUCUCCGGUCGAUGCUGUACCGCGGCUCCGAAAUCAUGCGCGAGGUCGCGUGGGUCAUCUUCGAUGAGAUCCACUACAUGCGCGACAAGGAGCGUGGUGUGGUCUGGGAGGAGACGAUCAUUCUCCUCCCGCACAAGGUCCACUACGUCUUCUUGUCCGCAACGAUCCCGAACGCCAUGGAGUUCGCCGAGUGGAUCUGCACGAUCCAUCAGCAGCCAUGCCACGUCGUCUACACCGACUACCGCCCGACGCCCCUCCAGCACUAUCUCUUCCCCGCCGGCGCCGACGGAAUUCACCUCGUCGUCGACGAGAAGGGCAACUUCCGCGAGGACAACUUUGCCAAGGCGAUGGGCGCGUUGGGCGGAACGAACAAGGGCGAGGACCCGGCGAGCAUGGACAGCGGCAAGGGGAGGAAGGGAAAGACGAAGAAGGGUUCCGCGAAAGGCCCCUCCGACAUCUACAAGAUCGUCAAGAUGAUCAUGGUCAAGAACUACAACCCCGUCAUCGUUUUCGCCUUUUCGAAGCGCGAGUGCGAAGGUCUCGCCCUCCAGAUGUCGAAGCUCGAGUUCAACACGGACGAGGAGCGUGACAUGGUCCAGACCGUCUUCACGAACGCCAUCUCGGGUCUCUCGGACGACGACCGCCAGCUCCCGCAGAUCGAGCACAUCCUCCCGCUCCUCAAGCGCGGCAUCGGAAUCCACCACGGCGGUCUCCUCCCUAUCCUCAAGGAGGUCAUCGAGAUCCUCUUCCAGGAGGGUCUCCUCAAGGUCCUCUUCGCCACCGAAACGUUCUCGAUCGGCCUCAACAUGCCCGCGAAGACUGUCGUCUUUACGAACGUCCGCAAGUUCGACGGCCGCGACUUCCGCAACCUUUCCGGCGGCGAGUACGUCCAGAUGGCCGGCCGCGCAGGACGUCGUGGACUCGACGACCGCGGAAUCGUCAUCAUGAUGACGGACGAGAAGCUCGACCCGGCUGCGGCGAAGGGAAUGGUCAAGGGGCAGGCAGACCGACUCGACUCGGCGUUCCAUCUUGGCUACAACAUGGUCCUCAACUUGAUGCGUGUCGAAGGCCUCACGCCCGAGUACAUGCUCGAGCGGUCGUUCUACCAGUUCCAGAACACCGCCUCGGUCCCCAAGCUCGAGGAUGAGCUGCGCUUGCUGGACGAGCAGCGCGCGAGCAUCGUCAUCCCCGACGAGGACAACAUCGCCGACUACUACGAUCUCCGGCAGCAGCUCGACAUCCUCAACAAGGACCUCCGCGACGUCCUCAACCACCCGACUUACGCCCUCCCCUUCCUCCAGCCCGGCCGCCUCGUCCGCGUCAAGCACGAGGACCUCGACUUUGGUUGGGGCGUCGUCGUCAACUACCAGAAGCGCGUCGGCGCCAAGGGCAAGCCGCUCCCCGCCGACGAGCCGCCUCAGAACCAGUACAUCGUCGACGUCCUCCUCCAUCUCGCCAAGGGCACCGCGCCCGUCCUGACCAGCAAGAACAAGAACUCGGCGUCGUCCAUCUCGACUAUCCGCCCUUGUCCGCCGAACGAAGAGGGCGAGUUUGCCGUUGUCCCCGUCCUGCUGUCCACCCUCGACGGCAUCUCGCACAUCCGCAUCUUCUUGGCGAAGGACUUGAAGCCGCUCGAGGCGAGGAUGCAGGCGCUGCGGAGCGUCAAGGAGGUCAAGCGGAGGUUCGUCGACGGGAUCGCUUUGCUCGACCCGGUCGAGAACAUGGGCAUUGUUGAUGAGGCGUUUAAGAAGCUGUUGAGGAAGAUCGAGAUCCUCGAGUCCCGCCUCGUCGCGAACCCCCUUCACUCCGACCCGAACCUUCCGGCGCUGUAUAGUCAGUACGCGCAGAAGGAGGAACUGAAGAUGAAGGUGCGCGCGACGAAGAAGAAGAUCCAGAGCGCGCAUUCGGUCAUGCAUCUCGACGAACUGCGGAACCGCAAACGCGUUCUUCGUCGUCUGGGCUUCGCGACGAACGAGGACGUUGUCGAACAGAAGGGCAGGGUCGCUUGCGAGAUCAGCAGUGGUGAUGAGCUGCUUCUGACGGAGAUGGUCUUUGGCGGAGUCUUCAAUGAUUUGACGCCGCAACAAUGCGCCGCCCUUCUCUCAUGUUUCGUGUUCGACGAAAAAUCCGAGCAGACCUCGAAGCUCAAGGAGGAGCUCGCUGGCCCACUGCGUGUGAUGCAAGAGGCUGCGCGACGCAUCGCCAAGGUUGCCAUUGAGUCGAAGAUGCCGGUCGUCGAGGCCAGCUUCAAGCCUGAGCUCAUGGACGCGGUCUUUUCGUGGUGCAACGGCGCCAAGUUCUCGGAGAUCUGUAAGAUGACCGACGUCUUUGAGGGAUCCCUCAUUCGCGUUUUCCGCCGCCUACAAGAGCUCAUCAGGCAGAUGAGCAUGGCCGCCAAGGCUAUCGGCUCGGAGGAGCUUGAGAAGAAGUUCCAGGACUCGCUCGCCUGCCUCGAGAGGCCGUCUUCGGUCGCUUUCGCCGCUUCGCUGUACCUGUGA